AUGUUUAUUAAUUUGUAGAAAAAGGCACUAAAAGGCCUGAAAAAAGUAGAUAUUUUUUCAUAGCCUGUACAACUACUAAUAAAAUAAGAAGAGGGACAUAAAACCCUAUUUGGAGCUUUCCUGACUUUGGGAUUAGUUGUCUUCUUCCUUUAUCUUCUCGUUAUCAAUCUCUAUGUUCUAUCGCAAAGAAAAAAUCCAACCUCACUAACGACGGAGUUUUUCCAUUCACAGCCAGACUAAUUUAAAUACAAUGAAAAAAACUUCACCUUAACGUUUGCUUUCCAAUCUCCAGAUUACUCAACAUAUAUAGAUGAAUCAGUCUAUGUUGUAGAAGCAAAAAUUAGAAGUAAAACUACAAAGAUGGUUGAUGAUUAGAAAAUAGAAGAGUGGACUUCUUAAGACCUUCCAAUAACAUAGUGCUCCAAAGAAAUUAUUAGACAGGUUGAAUUAUAAGAAUACUUUUCUCAUUUAAAUUUAUUGACUAAUUAUUGUAUUGAUUGGAAUAGAAUAAAGGAAAUUAAUUUGGAAGGUACUUUUGAUGCUCGAAAUUUUAGUUUUGUUGAAUUAUAAUUUAAAAUGUGUAAUAAUCAAACAAAACAAUCAAAGGAAUGUAGGUCAAGAGAUGAAAUUAAAUAAUUACUAGAAUAGAAUUAUUUUUCUCUUUAGAUGUCCUCUUAUGUCAUCGAUGUAAAAAAUGAAGAACAGCCUUAUUUAUAAAGAGGUGAAGAUAUUUUCACAACAAUUUCCAGUAAAAUAUUUAAAGAAAUUACUUUCUACAUGGAACCAAUAACAAUAUUUACAGAUCUAGGUCUUAUUUCAGAAGAUUACUAAGUUCAAAAAACCUUAAGAUACAAAAGACAUACAGAAAUGAUUGAUUUAAAUGAAAGUGAUUUAAUAAUGAAUGUUCUAAUAAGAUUAGAUUAAAUUGAAUAGCAAUAUUAUAGAAGUUACACAAAAAUUCAAAUCAUUUUGAGUUAAAUGGGAGGACUAUGGUAAGUAUUCUUUACAGUAGCCUUUUUAAUAUAGAAACCAAUUAAUUUGAUAUCUUAUUAUGUAAGAAUAAUGAAUUCAUUAUUUCAAUUUGAAUAGGAGAGUAAAAAAGAAAUAAUUAUGGAAAUAGAUGAAUAGGCAAACAUACCCGAGGAAGAAUUAAUGACAAGAAAAUACUAAUAUUCUUCUAGGUAAGACCAAUUAGUUAUUUAAAAUAAAAACAGAGCAUUUUAACGAUUAUAAUCUAUUAGAGUAAAGAAGAAAUAAAUUGAUGUGAUUGAUUCUAUGGCUGUUGAAACCAAAUAAAAAGAAGAAGCUCGGUAAUAAUUGACAAAAGCUAUAUCGCUUUCAAUUAAAUAGUAUUUCCAAACCGUCUCAAAAAAGCUCAGAAUGAAAUGGACUGAUUAUGUGUAUUUCAUAAGCUGCUUUGUUAAUUCUGACAAUUAUAAAAGUUUACAAAUUGAAUAUUCUGUCCAAAAAAUAAUUAAGUAAAUGGAUAUUUUAUAUAUAAUGAAGAAACUGUAAGAAAUAGAUAAAUUAAAAAUGAUCUUAUUAACUGAAUCCUAGAUAAAGGUGUUUGAUUACGUUUAAAAACCAACCAUCCCAUUAGAUCCAAAUUCAAAGUAGUUUAACACUAGUGAGAGUUAUUAUUCAAUAUUGAAACCAAUCAAAACUGAUUUUUAGAGAGCUAUAGAGGCAUAAAAUGCUUUUAAAGAAAUAGUCCAAAAUUUAGAUAAUCCAAUCAACGUGAAAUUAAUAAACUCUAUAGAUAAAACAAUAGUUGAUUUAAUAAAAAUCACAAAGAAUACUUAGGAGUUAGCAUCUAUAGACAAUGCCGAUAUAAACGAGUAAGCAUAAGAAAAAAAUACUGUAUUUGCAAUAGAUAUACGAAAGAAGCAGUCCUCAUUAAUUAAUUAUUAACCCAAUUUUAAAUAAUGA